AUGGCGACGGUGCUGGAAGCAGUGCCAGAAAAGUCCCGUGGUGUGGUGGCCGGCUUCACACAGCAAGGCUUCUCAUCCGGCUAUCUCUUUGCGUCGGGCUUGCAUCUGGCUAUGAAUAGCUAUGGUUGGCGCUCUCUUUUCUGGCUUUGCGCCGGCUUGACAGUCCCUAUCGCCAUCCUUCACGCGGUGACCCCAUAUUAUAGCGUUGCCUCUCCGGCCACUCAAGACGAAGAACACGCCAACGGACCGGUUCAAGACGCCCGCGCAGCCGUGGGAGGAAACCUUCCGUUCCAUAAGAAGCUCGCCUACGUGCUCCGCUAUCACUACAAGGCCUUCAUAUACGCCUGCUGCCUGACCUCCUGUCUGGCUACCAUGGGCCACGGCACAAUGGAUCUCUACCCAACCUUCCUCGUCAGCCAACGCAAGCUGAACAUUCUACAAGAGACAUGGGUAACCUGUAUUCUGCAGAUUGGAGGUAUCCUGGGAGGCGUGGUCGGCGGGUUCCUUUCGCACAAAGUGAGCGCCAAAUGGGUGGCGGCGAUCGCAGGACUGCUUAUCGCGCCGUGGUUACCACUAUGGACGCUGCCCACGAGAUGGGGACUUCUCGCUCUGGGAGCCUUCUUCUUGCAAUUCUUCUACGGUGCUGCGAUCGGUAACUUGGGAAACUUGUUGCAGCAGUUGUGCCCUCAUCCUGGCAUCAGAGCUGCCUUUACUGGUGUGGCGUACAACAUCGGCAAUGCGGUCUCGUCGAUCGCACCCACGAUCGAAACGUCGCUGGGAGAGCGGUUCCCGACUGCGGACGGGUCACCGGAUUAUGCGAAGACGCAGAUGAUCCUUGUGGGGAUUGUUAUCUUCUGCUUGGUUCUAACUUUGACACUCAUGCCGCUGAACAGCUUGAACAAGAGCUGGGACCGGGAGGAUCCAAAUGCUACCGUCCCUGCGACACAUGCUGAGAUGGAAGUGAUCGAUAAAACCGAUUUUAAGGCACAGGAGGCAGAUGCCGAGAGGGGUGGUUCGACUCAUGUUGAGGAUACUAAGUCUUAG